AUGUCCUCGACCGCCGUCCUGACCAUGGCCACGGCUCAGCUCCCCGCAUCGACGACGGCGCCGAGGACCGCGACCAUGACGGCGUGCUGCCCCGGCUGCGGCUACGGCCGGUCGUCGUCGGCCACCGAGUCGUCGGAGCUGCUGCUCGCCCAGUCCCGCAUCCACGACCUCGAGUCCCAGGUCCGCCACCUCAACCAAAAGGCCGCCGCCGCCGCCGACCGCUGGGCCGCCUACGAGGCCGAGCUAUCCAAGCUGCGCGCCCAACAGACGGCCCCGCGAGCCCCGUCGUCCCUCGCCCAACCGCAGCACCAGCUCGAUCCCGCCUCGGCCGCCCCGAGCCCCACGCGCACCUCGUUCCUCCAGUCCGCCCCGGGCCGCAUCUCGGCUCUCCUCUACCCGCGCAAGUCGACGCCCAACCUGCGCUCCGACACCCCGCCUCUGCCUUCCAGCGCCACCACCAACAACACCACCGAGGACCUGCUCGAGGCCUUGACACGCGAGAAGACACUGCGCCGCGAGGCAGAGGGCCGCCUCAGCGCCACCAGCAAGGAGGUCGAGGAGCUGAGUGCGAGCCUCUUUGAGCAGGCAAACGAGAUGGUGGCCGACGAGCGCCGUGCCCGUGCCCGCCUCGAGCAGCGCGUCGGCGAGCUCGAGAAGCGCGACACGGAUAAGCGGAGGCAGCUUGAGAGGCUCGAGGUGGCCAUGCAGAGGAUCGAAAAGGCUAGGAGCCUGCUGGACGACAAGUAA